GAAGCUGGAGUAAAGGUGUCUGCGGUCAAAGCUUCCCGGCAGAAGCCAGGAAUGGGGACCCCGAUCCGCGGCGAGGUCUGCGGACUCUUCUUCCUAUUAGUGCUGCUGGUGAAAGGAAGCGUGGCUUUGGAGAGCAGUGAUGCCAAGGCAGAGGACGGUACCGCGAGAUUUUUGUUUCCGUGCAAAACUAGCGUCGGAGAUUCUGACCACAGCCCGGCAUCAGCCCACGCUCUGAACCCCCGCGAUAUUAAAGUUCUGUCUACACUGAGAAGCCUAAAAAUCAAAUCAGAUGCAAUCAACAAGAAUCCCUUCCGCAGCUUGGAGGAAGCUCUGCUGGGGGCGAGCCGGCUGGCUGAAUCCUAUGUUGGUGAAAAGCUGGGUUCUCCGGUCACCGUUAUAUCGCCUCCCCUAAAAGACUCCCUAGAGGACGACGCAAAGACACUGGUAGAAAACCUGAAGCAGAGGCUGGGAGCCUCCUUUGCCGACGACUGGAAGAUAAUUGUGAUUUUCGUCACCGCCGACGACCCCUGCGGGUUCUGUAAUCAGGAGGAUCACACAAAGGAAAGCGUUUUGGCUCUGAGCAGAGCGCUGGAUUAUUUACAUCAGCAGCUGCCGAAGGCGUUUGUGAGUUUGGUCGAUUUAACGGAGCUCAGCGGGCUUUAUCUGUCCCACCCCAGCCAUUCGGAGAUCAGACAAUCCUGCGAGUGUUUCCCGAAGCCGUCUGAUUACACGAAAGCCGUGCUCCGCUUCUCAUUCCAGGGAGCACUUGAGAAGGUUCUAAGCUCAGGGCGAUACGACACCAGAGAAGACUUCACUGUGACGCUGCAGCCGCUCCUAAGGAUGGCAAAAUAUGUAACCCCACAAAUGAACUUCAAUACCGUGUAUGAGGCCCGAUGCUCAGAGCAGGACGGCGCUUUCCUGAACACCCACAAGAACAGUCCCUACAAAUGGCUGCAGUCCAUGUAUGACGCAGGAAGGGCGACCCCCGAGCCGAGGGCUCUGGGUUCCAAUUUCUCCUGUGCAGACACGGCGCCGUCAGACACCAUCCCAACUUCUGUCCACAGAUUGAAGCCGGCAGACAUCAAGGUCAUCGCUGCCCUGGGGGACUCGAUAACCGCCGGUAACGGCGCCGGGGCUCUUGCCAUCGACCUUCUGGAUGUGGUGACGGAGUACCGCGGCAUCUCCUGGAGCAUCGGCGGCGAUGAAGAUCUUUCCAACGUUACGACUCUAACAAAUAUUUUACGGCACUUUAACCCCAGCAUAGAGGGUUAUUCGACGGGCAAAGGACCGCAUUUACUUGCAAGAUCCAAGCUAAACCGAGCGGUUCCGGGAGCGAAAGCAGACGACAUGCUGAAGCAGGCAAAGUCUUUGGUCGACAGAAUGAAUUCCUCGAAUGUAAACGUUAAUUUGGCCGAGGACUGGAAGCUUCUGACGAUAUUUAUCGGCGGAAAUGAUUUAUGCGCCAUUUGCAAUAGCCCGAUUGAUCACUCUCCAGAGAAGUUUGUAGAACACCUGGAGGAGACUCUGGAUUAUCUACAAAAAGAGGUGCCGAGGAUGUUUGUGAAUCUAGUGACAAUCCUGGACAUUCUACCUCUCCGAGAACUUUACUACGAUACGAGAACUAACUGCCCGGAGAUCGUAAUGAGCGCCCUGUGCGGGUGCGUCGUGGAUCACGCCGCAGACUCCCCCGAGAUCCAAACUCUUAAGUCAUUUAACAAGCAGUAUCAGGAGAAAACCCGGCAGCUGGUGGAGAGCGGCAAAUAUGACACAAAAGACGACUUCACGGUUGUCAUUCAGCCGCUGUUGGAACAGCUUGAGAUACCACUGAAUGCGGAAGGCGUCCCUGAUAGAUCCUACAUGGCGCCCGACUGCUUCCAUUUCGGGGAGAAGGCUCAUGCCCAGGCUGCCCGCGGACUUUGGAAAAACAUGCUCGAACCCCUCGGUCAGAAAACCACCGGUCAGGACCUCGAUGCCGACAUUCCUAUCAGCUGCCCACCGCCGAAUGACCCGUUCCUGAAGACGGCAAAGAACAGCAAUUACACCUACCCAACGAUUACCCCCGAUCCAGUCCACGGAAGCCAGUUGCACUGCACCGACAAGGCUCCAUCGGCUCAGAUACCCACCUCAGUUCAUGCGCUGAGACCGGCUGAUGUCAGAGUGGUGGCCGCCAUUGGAGACUCGCUGACCGCUGGAAAUGGCAUCGGAUCCAAACCGCAAGACGUCUUUGAUGUGUUCAACCAGUACAGGGGGCUGUCGUGGAGCAUCGGCGGGGAUUCCACGUUGGACCAGGUUACGACCCUGCCGAAUAUUCUUCUGGAGUUCAACAAGUUCCUAACCGGGUACUCGACGGGAAACGGCAGCAGCUCCGGCCACAACUCCUUUCUGAACGAAGCCGUUCCUGGAGCCAAAGCCUUCAAUCUGCCAGAGCAAGUGAGAGCGCUGAUCGAUCAGAUGAAGACCGACAACAGAGUGGAUUUUUCCAAUGACUGGAAAGUGAUUACGGUUCUGAUCGGCGCCAACGACCUUUGCGCCUCCUGCACGGACAGCAACGUUUUCUCGCCUGUGAGUUUUGUCUCCCACAUCCGCGAAGCUCUGGACAUUCUGCACAGUGAGGUCCCGAGAGCGUUUGUCAAUCUCGUGGAAGUCAUGAAUCUGAUCCCGCUGAGAGAAGCCACGAUGGACCCCCGGGUUCAGUGCCCCGGCAUAGUUACAAGGAUGCUCUGUCCGUGUCUCCUCAACAUCCCCGAGACGUCCCAUGAGAUGCAGAUCAUAAAAGAUGCCAACCUCGCCUAUCAGCACAGCACGCAGCAUUUGAUCGACUCCGGAAGAUACGACACCAGAGAGGAUUUCACUGUCGUCCUGCAGCCUUUCUUCCGGAACACAACCAUCCCGUAUCUUCAGGACGGCCGGCCCGACAUCUCCUUCCUCGCCCCGGACUGUUUCCAUCUCGGCCAGAAAGCCCAGUCUCAGUUGGCCCGGAUGCUCUGGAAGAACAUGCUUGAACCCCUUGGGCAGAAAACGGCCGCUUUGGACUUUCUGGAAAAUAUUACUCUGAGCUGCCCGACCCAGCAACAACCCUUCUUGAGGACGUUUAAAAACAGCAACUACGUCUACCCAAGCCCUCCACCCACUCCGAAACCGGCAGAGAACUGGGGUAGUGACCUGACGUGCCAGGCAACGGGACCUUCCCCCCAGAUCCCCACCUCAGUCCACAAGCUCCGUCCAGCCGAUAUCAAGGUGGUGGCAGCGCUGGGAGACUCGCUAACAGCUGCCUUUGGUGCCAACGCGACCUCAUUGGCUGACUUUGCAAAUGAAUGGAGAGGAAUUUCCUGGAGCAUCGGAGGGGACGGGACCCUGGAGACGCACACGACGAUACCAAAUAUUUUAAAGAAGUUCAACCCAAACAUUAAAGGAUUCUCGACCGGCAUCGGCAAAGAAAACUCCAUGUUUAACGUGGCGGUCGGUGGCGCCAAAGCAGAAAACAUGCCGGCCCAGGCGCGCAGGCUCGUGGACUCAAUGAAGGAAACCUCUGGAAUCCGUUUCGAAGAGGAUUGGAAGAUAAUCACGAUCUUUAUUGGGGGUAACGACCUGUGCCAGUAUUGUUCCAACAGGGAGUGGCACUCGCUCCAGAAUCACGUGAAGCACAUCGAGGACGCGUUGGAAAUACUUUACAAAGAGGUCCCCCGAGCCUUCGUGAACCUGGUUGAAGUGCUGCAGGUGGAGGGACUGCGCACGGUGACAGCGGGGACCUUGGGAUGCAGUCUCCUAAGACCGAACCUGUGUCCCUGUUUCAUAAACCCACGGGAAGGCUCCCCCGAGCUAAACGAAAUCAAAAAAUAUAACCGAGACUUACAGACACACGUGGCCGCCUUGGCUGAGAAGUUCCAGGGCCGGGAAGAUUUUGCAGUUGUUGCCCAGCCAUUCUUUGAGAACACGGUCGUGCCAGUGGACGGCAACGGAGUGCCGAUAGUGGAAUUCUUCUCCGCCGAUUGCUUCCAUUUCCACGAACGGGGCCACGCGGAGAUGGCCAUCGCUCUGUGGAAUAACAUGUUGGAGCCCGUUGGACAGAAACAAAACUAUAAUAAUUUCACACACGACCGUUCCAAGCUGAAAUGUCCUCAUAAUGAUCAUCCGUAUCUCUUCACCCUGAAGAACAGCGGCCUCCCCGACGCGGUUCCCACCUCGGACGUCAAGCCGGGGGAGGGCGGCGGUGACGACGUGCCGUACUGGUCGUUGAUCGUGGCCUCCAUCGGCGGCGUGGCUCUGGGGGGCGCCGUGGUCGGCGUGGCGAUGCACGCGAGACAUCGAAGGAGAGGACGCAAGCAGAGACAGUCAUCGUUCUAAACGCACAGCGCCCGCGCAACCACCCGGCAACGCCACUCCGGAACAAUAACGUUUAUCCAAGAAACGCGCCGGCUGCAGCCAGACCCGCACGUUACACGUUUGGAGCACUAAUCACCCGUGCGCGAAACGCGUAAUGUGUAACGCAACGAGCCUGCUGGCCCCUGAGAUCUUCUAUAAACCGUAACCCUGGACAUCACGGCCAACCUCCCCGGCGUGAUAUUAUUAGCGAUAACGAGACCAGCUGGGCAGAAUUCAGUGAUUUUUACUUAAAUUACCCCCAAAAUCUGCCCCGACUUGGACCAUUCCGAAUAUUAGGGCGUCGACAUCGCACUUCGUCUUCUAAACAAUGAUGUCAUCGGGAAACGAUUAACCGGAGCGGCAUUCGAUAAUUACAUUAAUCACAAGAUAUCAUUGAAAUAAAAAAAGAGUAUUGUUAGAAUUCCAAAAAGGAUAUUAAAUACCCCAAAAAAUUGCGUCUUAAGGCUGAUUUAAUACACAAUAAAAAGUUAUUAUCCGUCUACAUAUAAUCCAGAACCCGCCGGCAGAUCGGCCCCAUCCGGCCCCCGUCUAGUCGUCUGCGCAUGUUUAAUCCCCUCACUGUAUUCCCCUCUACCACCUCUGCCAGGAGGCUGUUCCACUGAUCUACCACCCUCUGUAGUGACUAAUAGCCGUGUGAGUAACGUGACAUUAAUUCACCUGGUGAUUUCACGCCAAUAAUCUGGUGGAGGAAAAAAUGUCCAGGCUGCCAAUUUCGAGGACUUUGAGGAAAUUCUUUGUAAUGGAAUUCAGUAAAAGUUUAAUCGGCUUUCUGUAAAUUUGAAAUUUUUCGGUGAUUCUCCUUUUACUGAAAUAAAUAAAAUUUAACAAAAAAACUUGAAA